AGUCCUAUAAUACCAAGCACAACAUGCUUUACCUUCAAUGAAAGCUGAGACGGAGGGACGGUUGGCUGCUGCUCCUGAAAUCAACUCAGAGCUCGGAUACAAAACCAAGAGCGUCUCUGUUUGAGCAGCUUAGUUCUCCUUCAUCUGUCUCAUUACCACCUUCUGCUGUGAACUUUUAUCAUUUACUGACUUUAGACCUGCAACUUACCCAAAGCAGAGAGGCAACUUGGAUAACUCUUUAUUUCUUCCUCUCUUGCUGUGUGACUGGUGUCAAAGGUGAUGCUAUCAUUUUCUAAGAGGAGACUCCUCAGGUGAUGAUAUGUCUUUUUGGAGAUAGGGACCACUUUUUGGAAAGUUUUCCACAACUAUAAUUGUUUUUUCUUGCUGCUAUAACUUUGAUUUUUGCCCAAGCAUGGCUCUGUACUCUCGGUUUGUGGUCGUGCUGCUUUACGGAUGGAGUUAUCUGUGCGUUGGAUACUGCGCGAUGCUGAAAACAGACAGAAAGGUGGAUUUUACGCAUCAUUCGGAGGAUAAAAAGCAUCCAGCGAAAGACGACCAGGAUCUGCUUUUACAGGAUACAAUGACGGAACACAUGCAGAUGCUUUACACGAAGUACAACCGGGCUGGAUUUCCCUUCAAGGACGGAAACACUGUCCGCAGCUUCAAAGCGCACUGGGGUACGAUAAACAAGAAGCAGCUGCAGAUCUUCAACCUCACGUCCCUCACCAAGUCAGAAGAUGUUCUGUCCGCCACUCUUCAUUAUUACAUCGGAGACCUUCAGAACAGCACCCAUGGCUGCUCCCGGUCCAAAAGCUGCGCUCGCCACGGCCCCCGCAGGCACAACCACAUCCACAUGGUCAUCUGGAGUUUCGCCUCUGUGGAUAACAAGAUAAGGACUCUAGGACACUUCCGGAUCAACGUGUCCACCCUCUACAGGGACUUCAUAUCCUGGCAGUGGAAGGACGUAACUCGCGUGGUCAACCAGGCCAAACACCACGACGAGCUGCUCAUCGGGAUCGACGUGGCUUCACAAGGGCCCCAGCCGUGGAAGAAGCUCCUGUCCGACCGCUCGCCCUACAUCCUGGUCUACGCCAACGACUCCGCCAUCUCAGAGCCCGAAAGCGUGGUAGCCACCCUCCAGAGACACCACUCGGUGGGAGGGGAGGGCUCCAUUUCGCAAAGCUUCCAAAAACUUGGACUGCGUGAGCGAAACAACACCGAACAAGAGCAGCCGCAGCCGCAGCCCAGACACAAGCGCUCGGUGAACGUUCUGCUCCCGUUGCAGAACAACGAACUCCCCGGGCCCGAGUAUCCGUACGAGACGACCGGGUGGGACGAGGCGAGCCCGUACGAGCCUUACGAAAACAAGCAGGCCCGUCGGCCGCGUAAAAAGCCACGCAAGAACCAGCGGCACAAGAUGCCCCUGCUGCAGUUCGACGAGCAGACGAUUAAAAAGGCGCGAAAGAAGCAGUGGAACGAGCCCAGGAACUGCGCUCGCAGAUACCUGAAAGUGGACUUCGCUGACAUUGGAUGGAGCGAAUGGAUUAUAUCACCCAAGUCGUUUGAUGCCUACUACUGCUCAGGGUCCUGCCAGUUCCCCAUGCCAAAGGCUCUGAAGCCCUCUAACCACGCCACCAUCCAGAGCAUUGUGCGGGCGGUGGGCGUCGUCCCCGGCAUCCCCGAGCCGUGCUGCGUCCCAGAGAAGAUGUCCUCCCUCAGCAUUCUCUUCUUCGACGAGGACAAGAACGUGGUGCUCAAAGUGUACCCCAACAUGACUGUAGAUUCUUGUGCCUGUAGAUAGUUUUUUUGUUUUUAAUCCCUUCAAUGCCUGUUCACAUAAAACUCAUACAGAAAAGAAAAAAAAAAUCAAACACAUGCAGCCAAAUCGACACUCUCUCCUCCUGCUCCUUUAGUCUUACACAACAAACUUCCCUUUUUGCA